GGAGGGGGAGCUGCUCUGUUGCGUUACUGUUAGUUACUGUGGUGCCACAUAGUCACACAACACAGGCAGUGGUGACAGGGUAAAGUGGGCCUGUGGCCAUGGCUAAAGACCCGUUAUCAGAGGCUGGCUUUUAUUUUGAUGAACUCAAUAAGCUACGAGUGCUGGAGCCUGAUGUCAGCCAGAAGACUUCGGAGCUCAAGGAGGAGUGUAAAGAAUUUGUGGACAAAAUUGGCCAGUUUCAGAAGAUAGUAGGCGGCCUCAUUGAGCUGGUUGAUGAGCUGGCGAAAGAAGCGGAGACUGAAAAGAUCAAAGCAAUAGGAGCCAGAAACCUGCUGAAGUCAGUGGCGAAGCAGAGGGAGGCUCAACAGCAACAGCUUCAGGCUCUCAUUGCAGAGAAAAAGAUGCAACUUGAAAGAUAUCGCAUCGAGUAUGAAGCGCUGUCCAAGGUGGAGUCAGAGCAGAACGAGUUCAUCGACCAGUUUAUUCUGCAGAAAUAAUGAUGUGACUGAGACAGCAGAAGAUGUGUAUAUCCGCAGUGCCUGUCCUCUCAUUUCUCUGGAUGAAACCUACAUCAGAGAACUGCUCUGCUGCAUCCGUCUAAAGCUCCACCUACAACAGAACACCUACAUAUUCUAUUUAUAUACUUUUUCUGUUGCCGUUUACAGCCUAUUUCACACAACAUGAUUUACAACCGGAUUUUCUGGUCAUUGACAAAGUCUACAAUUAGCAGCCAACCUAAGUCAGUUCUUAAAAGGAUGUCCACAAACACACAAUUGUUUUAAGAACUGUCCUCAUACACACAAAACCUGACUCCAAAUGCUAUCGUAAAUGCCAGACCUGCAUGUGGCGCUGUAAUGCAGGGCUCCCGGAACUCCUGUUCCAUGUGGGUAAAAGUUAAGUACUGGUUUUCACGUAGCUUUACAAUUCACUGUGCUCGCUCUUUUGGUCAAUAGAGAGUAACACAACAAAAUGUCAGUUCUAGAAAACAGGCCUCAUGUUAAAUUACACACCAACAUUUCUUUUUUAAACUUCCCACUUUUAUUUACUUUCGAUUCAACAAGUUGGUGGCUUAAAAACGCAACUUUUGUCAGCAUUCCAACUGAAACGGAUGACCUCCAUGUACAACUGCAAUGCACUAUUAAGCCUGGUUCUGUGCAUCGUUCCCUGUGUCACUUCUGAUGUGUGUUUAUAUGAACAGGUGAUGAGUAGACUCAUGUACAGAAUCCUGUCGCUCUCAAAGUGGUGUUGUGUGAACUUGGCUGGACUGUAGUCGUCCACGUCCCCGGGUCAGCAGGUUUGAGGAUUUACAGUGUUGUAAACUUGAAUUGUUUUGUUCACAUUUAAUAUCUCAACAUCUUAGACCAACACUAAAGAUGGAGCAUUUUAUACAAAACAAUAUUAUUUAUAAUAUUUAUACUUAAAAAUGACCCUGGAUAUCUAGUUUUAUUACUUUUUAUAUGAAUCAAAAUACUGCAUGUGCAUGCAUUUGUAAAUGUGUCCUGGUUCUAAAAGACCGAAUAUUCUCAUUUGAUUCUCUGUGUUGUUUUUAUUUCCUUAUUCUGGUAAAACAAAUCAGGUCACAAAACAUGAAGGGUACAGACUCCUUUUUUCUUUUUCUUUCCGUUGUAUGUAUUGUCUUUUCAUUUAUUAAUCACAUGACAAACGGUUAUACUUGAAUAAAUAUUGUCGCACAAGAAAAUGUACAUGUUUUGCCGUAAAGAUGCCCGACAGGCAGGGGAGCAAAUUUUUACAUUGUGCUGUUAUGUAUUGUUUCAAUAAAAACACUUGAUAUUGAUGCUCAGUUGA